GUUCGUGGAACCAUUCUGGGCUACAAGAGGUAACAAAUUUUUUCUUUUGAUUUGUUGAGCUGGUAAGGAAGUGUUUGGAUUGGUGCUUAAGAAUGGAUUUUUGGUUUGGUUUGGUUUUGUAAAAGGUCGAAGUCGAACCAGUAUCCUUGAUUCAGAUCGAAGGAGUGAACCCAAAGGAGGAAAGUAGGAUGGUACUAUGGGAAGUGAAUGGCAUAUAUUUACAGAGGGAAAGUGAAGAAGAAUGGGUCUCAUUAUUGUUGCACUUGGGGUAAAGUAGGAAGGCCCCAUGGAAACAGUGGUAUUAUUUGUGCUAAGUUCAAGUCUAACCGCCCUCCCAAAACCCUGGAUCCUCAUCUAGCAAUUGAGAUUUUCAUAGAAGCUAUAUUUGAUAUGUUUCACAAGGCCGUGCAUUGUGUGCUCUCCCCAUCAGCAGUUUUCAGAAUCUUUGUAAAAUGGUUCUCAUCUCCCAGUGCUGGUGUUAAGGAUAUUUGAUCAUGAUGUCUUGAAUGCUUCAGUUCCCACAGCUAUUCUUGGAGAUAAUAAUCCAGCUCUUACUGAAAGGAAUCUUACUCUUCACCAUGCUCUUAACACUGAUGUGCGAACAUGUCAGGAUGUCAUAACAGAGCUAGGAUUAUCACUUUUGAAGGCUAUUGUUCUUGAUACAUAUGGUAUGAUAUUGCAAACGUGAUGCACGGAAGGCUGUCUAUCUACAGCACGGUAUUUUGGAUUCAUCUAUGGGGUUAGUAACAACCCGCAAUCUGCCUACCACUCUGCUGUGAUUUCUUUGCUGGUUGCUCACUUUGUUGGUUAUGUAUUACAUUGAGCUACAUGCUUGACGCUUUUAUGAGGGGUUUUCGUAUGUGGGUUCUGAUUUUUCAGUUAUCAUUUGCCUGCAACUGCCAUUAUAUUGAUAUUAGUGUUUUGCCAAUGAGCAAACUUCCAAGAGUGGUUAAUAGAUAACUCUGAAGCAUCAAUUCUUAAUGUUGGUUAGCAUUAUUAGACUGUCUUGUUGUUACUGGUGUAUCGGAUGAAGACAUUAUAUGUAUUUCGAAAAUUUGGUUUCUCAAA